AUGUCUAGCUUCCCUACUCCUCCGUUGUCAUCUCCAGUGCAGAACAGUGAUAAUAAAGUGUAUUUCAAAAGCUGUCGGGUCGCUGGCGCAUUCCGGCGGCAACACAAAGGACUGCCCUACCGGGCUUUCGUAGAAAUCGGUAGCCCAACAUUACUUCCGGGGCCGGACGGCGCCUGCGCGUCGCGCAGCCUAGUGCGUAAUAUCAGGCGCCGACCCAGCCUAGAGCUGCCAGCCUCAGCUCUAAUGCUUGGAGGCCUCGCGGCUAGAGCGGCUCGGUCAGCUCGCCUGCUCCCGGCUAGAGCGCCGCUUCCGUACAGAUCCGCGUGUGACCUUCCCGCCUGCGGAGCUAUGCUGCCGGCGGCGGCUGGCCGCGUGUGGGGGUCGCGGCUUGGGCUGCGGGGAGCAGCGCUCCGCCUUGCCAGGCAACAGGUCCCCGGCGUCUGUGCAGCGCGACAGUUGAGGAGCAGCAGCCACCGAAGGAGUGAAGCCCUCGCGGGUGCCCCUCUGGAUAAUGCUCCCAAGGAAUACCCUCCCAAGAUCCAGCAACUGGUCCAAGAUAUCGCCAGCCUCACGCUCCUGGAGAUCUCAGACCUCAAUGAGCUCCUAAAGAAAACAUUGAAGAUCCAGGAUGUUGGCCUUAUGCCAAUGGGUGGCAUGAUGCCUGGUGCCGUCCCUGCCGCAGCAGCAGCCCCUGAGGUGGCUGAGGCAGAAGACAUCCCCAAACAGAAAGAGCGGACACACUUCACCGUCCGCCUGACAGAAGCAAAGCCCGUGGACAAAGUGAAACUCAUCAAGGAGAUCAAGAACUACGUCCAGGGCAUAAACCUUGUGCAGGCCAAGAAGCUAGUGGAGUCCCUGCCCCAGGAAAUCAAAGCAAACGUGGCCAAAGCCGAGGCCGAAAAGAUCAAAGCAGCCUUGGAAGCAGUGGGUGGCACUGUGGUUCUGGAGUGACACCCCCGUUCCGAGGACUUUUGGACUGUGUCCCUGGGACCUGGGCAAGGCCCGCUCACCCCUGCUUCACUCCCAGGUGGGGUGUUGGGAGCAAUAGCUGCUAACACUGGAGACCGAGUUCUGGGAGAGAGACAGGACGGACCUACUGUGAUGGGGAGGCCCGCCACAGCUGUGCAGAGCUCUCCUGAUUGCCUGGAGAGCUUACAGAGUGAACACGCCCCUGUGGCUACUGAGAAAAUACACUGUUGAGGCUG